AUGGGUAAAUCGCAUUCAAAACAAACCUUUACUCAAUGGGAUUUAGAUCGGUUCAGUAAUGUUACUGGUAUUCCACGAGCUACAGUUGAACGACUUUAUCAAGAAUUUAUUACAACAACAGGCAAAGAUAAUCGUAUGGAUAAAAAAGAAUUUCGUCGUUUAUACAAGGAAUUGUACACAAGUGGACAAACUGGUGCAAGUGUUCCAGCUGUUGUUAGUGAACAUGAUUUAGAAAAAAUUUCUGAUCGUGUUUUCAAAGCUUUUAAUACUGAUGGAUCAGGCAAAUUAAGCUUUGAAGACUUUGUCAAUGCAUACUUAUUGAUAAAUCAAAAUCAAACAAAUACAAUAAUUACACCACGUGAUCGAUUGAACUAUGUAUUAGAUCAAACCAGCUCAACACCAGGUUAUGUUACACGUGAACAAGGUCAACAAGUGCUCGAUCAUCUCAAUCGAUAUUAUACUUAUGAAGAUACAACAAAAACCAAGACAACAACAACUACACCACCUGGUGCAACACAACCAGUGGCAACAACAUGGGAACAACAUUGGACUAAACUUGAUGAUGGUAGUGGCCGUGUUCCACAAGAAAAAUUUGUUGAAUAUGUUACAACAUCAGAUGAUUAUCAAAAGCAUCUUAAGCCUACAUAA